AUGGCGCGUUCGGUGGUAGCUAUGUUCCGUCACAUCACCCGGCACCUGUUAGUGCUGGUUUCCAUAGUGAUGGUGGUUUGCUUUGUCGGGUACAUGAAUAACAGUAAGAAUGCGCUUGAAAGUCAAUCUUUACGAGACACGCGAUUGCCAUUGCGGCAGCGGGAAUUCGAAUUAGACAAUAGAUCUUCCACGGAAGCCGAAAUAAUGAUUUCUUCGACAAGUACGACGACAAAGGAUUCUAAUAUUUGGACCCCUCCUGGUGAUUUGGGAUAUGCAGUCACACUGGGCUCAACUGAAGAUUCGGUUGGGAAAAUGGUCAAACUAGGAUACGAUAGUCAAGGUCUGAAUCAGUACAUAUCCGAUCUGAUAUCGGUGAAGCGGAGAUUACCGGACAUCCGGGAUGAGUGGUGCCGACAACCGGGACGAUAUCUACCGAAUCUACCGGCUACUUCUAUUGUCAUUGUGUUCUACAACGAAGCCUGGUCAGUGUUGGUGCGAACGGUUCACUCUAUCCUCGAUCGAUCUCCAGCGAAGUUGAUCAAGGAAAUUAUUUUAGUAGACGACUUCUCCUAUCUACCCCAUUUGAAAAUCCAACUGGAGGACUACUUCCUACCCUACCCCAAGGUUCGGAUCGUUCGCGCCGAGGAACGGCUAGGAUUGAUGCGCGCAAGACUUCUCGGAGCACGCUGCGCCACUGCCGACGUUCUGACAUUCCUGGAUGCCCACGUCGAAUGUAUCGAAGGAUGGUUGGAGGCUCUUUUGGACCCGGUUGCACGAAACUGGACCACAAUUUCGAUUCCAACUAUCGACUGGAUUGACGAGCACGAUCUGCAUCUGCGUUCGGAGAGUGCCCCACAGUUCUACGGGGCAUACGAUUGGGAUCUAAACUUUGGUUGGUGGGGACGUGCCUCGCGUAAGAUCAAGUAUGACAACAAGUUCGAACCGUUCGAUACGCCGGCCAUGUCGGGUGGGUUGUUUGCGAUCACCAGAAGGUUUUUCGAACACGUCGGUUGGUACGAUGAAGGUUUCGAAAUCUACGGAGUGGAGAACAUUGAACUAUCGAUGAAGAGUUGGAUGUGUGGCGGAAAGAUGAUGACCGUACCCUGCUCCCGGGUUGCUCACAUCCAGAAGACCGGUCAUCCUUACAUGCAGCAAACUUCGAAGGAUGUCGUGCGAGCGAACUCGCUUCGGCUGGCGGAAGUUUGGAUGGAUGAGUAUAAGCAUGUAAUCUAUGAUAUUUAUGGCAUUCCGAAAUAUCCGGUGGAUGAGAUUGGUGAGCUGUGCUCCAGAAGAGAAAUACGGAAGAGGGCAAAAUGUAAAAGUUUCCUAUACUAUGUGGAAACUGCGUUUCCAGAAAUGAGGAAUCCAAUGGUUGAAGGAGCUUUUCGAGGAGAGAUGAAAAAUAAAGCACUUGGAAACGGGUUUUGUUUGGAAUACGUGAAGGAGGAAAACUCACUGACGAUGGCACGCUGUGACCAUCAGGAGCGGAAUCAGUACUGGACCCACAACUACUAUCGCGAGCUGAACAGUCGACGGAACUGCAUCGAUUAUACGGGAAGUGGAGCGGUGCUGGUAUUCGGUUGUCACCGAGCUCGCGGCAAUCAGGAAUGGCAAAAUGUCAAUGCAACCGGACAGUUCAAAAGUGUCAAAUAUGGAAAAUGUUUGGCAGUGGAUCUGACAAACAACAAAACGCUGACGAUGGAGAACUGUGAUGAGAAGAAGGACGCGCAGAUGUGGUUAGUAAAUUUGAUCACGCUGGAUGUGUCGAUUUUUGCAAAAACGUAA